AUGCGGACCGUCUCGAGAUUCGGGACAUCGAUUUCGAUGCUACCCCCUUCUCUCCUCUCGGAAUCAAACAAUUCAAAGUGCUUGAGCCCAGGCGCCUCGCUCAACCUAACGUUUCUCAACUCCCGACAAUUAUUAAGGACCAGACGCGUGAGCAAAGGGCAUCCCAAGGUUUUUGUCUCGAAAGUCCCACAAUCAACUUGGACCCGUUCGAGGGUGAGCGUGCGCAGACUUUUGAACCGGACGCUCUUGGCCGGGAUCACCCAGCAUUGGUACAGGUGUAGUUCUUCGAGGGACUCGGCUAAGAACACUGCCGAGUAA